AUGGCUACAAAUUCACCAGUCGCCAUUAUUACUGGGGGCGCUUCCGGCAUAGGACUCGCUACGGUAGAGCGUCUGGUUGAGCUUGGCUGGAACGUGUCCAUUAUUGAUUUCAACGGUGCUGGAGCAGACAUUGCAAAGUGCCUCGGCGAGCAGACGUUCUUCCACCAGGCCAACGUUGCGUCGUACGAAGCGCAGGCUGAUGUGUUCUCCCAGACCUACAAGAGAUGGGGUCGGAUAGACUUCGUUAACCAUGGUAAUUUUGUGGAGCAGGGUAUUCUGGACCGAGAAGAUUUCUGUGCACCUUCUGAGGCGUCUGGCGACGAUGGCCCACCUCGGCCCGAUGUGUUGGUCAUUGACGUCGACUUGUACGGCGUCGUAUGGUCCACGUAUCUAGCUCUUCACUAUUUUCGCAAGAAUGCUUCCAAAGCCGGCAAGCUGGCAAUGACUUCAAGCUCUGCAGGCAUUUAUGCGUGCUCCGAGAUUCCCCUUUAUGCUGCUGCUAAGCAUGGCAUCAUCGGCCUUGCCCGUGGCCUCGGUAAACGGAUGAAGGAACAAGGAGAACCGAUCACCGUCAAUGCCAUUCUGCCAGGGAUGGUGGCGACCGGCAUUCUGAGCGGAGAGAUUGUACAGAGCGUUCCAUUACAGUAUAAGACACCCGCUUCAUUGAUCGUAGAUGCAGUGGAGAUGAUCCUCAAGGACGACUCAUUGACUGGACAAGCCAUUGAGUGCAGUGGAGCAGAGAUCGUCCUCAGACCAGCGCUUCCCUUUGUUAACAAGGCGUCAGAAUAUACCGCUGGUGGGAAGUAUAGAGAAGGCGGAAAUGCUGAUGCGGUUCUACAGUUUGGGCAACAGAGGGGGAGGCAAUUUGAUAUGUAG